AUGGGUUAUUUCAACCCCAUCCACUCACCAAAGCCACCCCACAGCGGGAAGACUCCAUCAGGAUGGGCUGUGGGUGCCUGCUGCAAGCUGCCCGCCCACCCAUGGGCACUGCUCUCACCGAGCUGCCACACGCUGCCUUGCAUCCCAGUGCUGGCAUUCCUGCUGGAUCUCAACCCCUUCUCCUUCUCUUGGCUGCAGAUCGUGCUGUCGUCCUUCAAGCACGGCCUCUUCAGCGGGCAGUGGCUGCAGCAAGUUAGUUACACACGCUGGGAGGGCAUUUUUCGCUGCAUCCCCAUCUUUGGCAUGUCUUUUGCCUGUCAGUCUCAGGUCUUGCCUACCUAUGAUAGCUUGGAUGAGCCGUCCGUUAAAAUCAUGAGCUCCAUCUUUGCUUCUUCCCUAAACGUGGUCACCACCUUUUACAUUACGGUGGGCUUCUUUGGCUACGUGAGCUACACCGAAGCCAUUGCUGGGAAUGUCCUCAUGAACUUCCCUUCCAACCUUGUGACGGAGAUGAUCCGAGUGGGAUUCAUGAUGUCGGUAGCUGUGGGGUUCCCGAUGAUGAUUCUCCCAUGCAGGCAGGCGCUGAACACCCUUCUCUUUGAGCAGCAGCAAAAAGAUGGCACCUUUGCUGCUGGGGGCUACAUGCCCCCGCUUCGCUUUAAAGCCCUGACACUGGCUGUCGUGUUUGGAACCAUGAUAGGAGGCAUCAUGAUCCCUAAUGUGGAAACGGUCCUGGGCCUGACAGGUGCUACGAUGGGAAGUCUGAUUUGUUUCAUCUGCCCGGCUCUUAUUUACAAGAAGAUCCACAAGAAUGCACUUUGUUCACAGAUCAUCCUGUGGAUUGGCCUGGGAAUGCUGAUCAUCAGCACCUACACCACCUUGUCUGCCACCGAGGACACGCCGGUGAAGACCGAAGAGGUGGGCAUGGAGCACCUUGAGAGAGAGGAGGACAGGAUCGACCAGGAUGCUGUCAAACUCCCAGAGCAGAACCCGGCGGUGGAGGAGGCGGAGGAUGACCGCCAUAAACCAAAGCUGCUGGAUGAGAAGGAGGAGAUGGAGCAGCCACAGAUCAAAGUGCCCAUGGAGGUACCUGAGACAGACGAGGAGAGGGGAAAGCCAGAGGAGAAAGUGCAGCUGGACCGGCCCGACCAAGGCAUCGCCCUGCCCAUGGGGGAAGCACAUCGCCACGAGCCGCCCGUCCCGCACGAUGAAGUGGUGGUGGACAUGGGCAGGGAGCGUGAGGACUCUGUUGAGAACAAGCAGGCGCUCGGAGGAGACGAAGGAAACGCACCGAAGGCAGCGCCGCGCGAGCCAGCUGAGCUGCUGCCCCAGAAAGAGGCACAAGGGAAAGAAGUGAUCGCUGAGAACCGAGGGACUGAGAAACCUGUAAAGAAUCUGAAGAACGCCCCGGAGGUGAGCGUGCCGAAGGAUGGCCGGCCGCCGUACAAAGAGCAGGAGCCAGGCAGAGCAGCGCCAGAUGCCAAGGCUCGAGCUGCCGUGCUGGCCGGUGAGAAGAGUGCUGAGGCUGCAGGUGAUGGGGAGAAGACGAAGCUGCAGUUCCCCAGGAAGGCGGAGGAGGUGGUGAGGUCCCUGGAGAAGGAAGCAGAUCCUGGUGUAAAGCCAGAGCUUCCCCUCCCGGAGCGCGUGGAGCCAGCUCAGCCCCAGCAGCUGGAGCAGAGGGAGAGCCGGAAUGGCGAGGACAGGCAAGCGGAGAACGCAGAGAACAAGCUGGAGGAAGCAGAGCAGGCAAAAAUGCUUGAUCAUGCCAUGCUGCUGCAGGUGAUCAAAGAACAGCAGGUGCAGCAAAAACAACUACUUGACCAGCAGGCAAAGCUGCUGGCAGUGAUUGAAGAGCAACACAAGGAGAUCCACCAGCAAAGACAGGAAGAGGGAGGAGAGGAGAAGCCAAAACAAGCAGAAAUGCAACAGGAGCCUGCUGUGCCUCUCUCCAAGAGUAAGGAGGAAGAGAGCCUAGGAGCUAAGCAAGAAGCUGCUGCAAAGCCACUCGGUAAAGAGCCACCGGAGCACCCUGUGCCGGGCGCAGGCAGGCAGCCUGCUGAGUCAGCUGAGCAGCGCAGGGUGACAGCAGGAAGGCUGGAGGAGGCUGGGCACAGGCGUGAGAUUCCUGGGGUUCCUCCCAAGGAGCGAAAGGUGCCACAACAGGAGAUUGACAGAGCUGUUAGAAAUGCCGCAGAGAACUGGGAUCCCCUUCACGGAGAUGCCCAACGUGUUCCAGCAGCCAGAAACCACCUAGAAAAGAAGCCCUUGGCUGAGGAUGCAGGAGGAGGUCACGAAGCCAAAGCUGGAAGAGACGUCCACGAGAAUUCCCUGAAAGCUGUGGAAGCAGCUACAGUUCCUAUCCAAAGAGAACAGCUGGGGGCUGCCAAGGUUCAGGGAGUAGCAGGAAAGAGUCUGGAAAGAGACUCGGGAAUAGACCUUAAAGCCAAAGCAGUGAGUCAGGUGGAGCCCAAAGACCUGGCAGUUGCACUGGCCUCCUUGAAUAAACGGAACGUGGCAGGGAAUGAGCAGCACCUACGGGAGCAUCCGAGAGCUGCAGAUGCUGAAGGGGCUGAUAAGCAGCAGCCAGCCUCACGGGGGGAGAUGGCCAGCAAAGGGCAGGCGAAGGAAGAGGAUCCUCAGGAGAGGGUGGUGGAUGUGGCCCGGGACCCUCAGGAAGAGCUCCAGGGCAAGCAGAGGCGUGCGGUUGGAGGGCUGGCAAAUGGUGCUGAGAAGAAACCGAGCCCUGAGAACGCUGCUGCCCAAAAGCCGGAGAAGGGAGUGGCAAUCCCUGGGGACCAAAAGCAGGAUCACGACAUCAAACCGAACCGGGACCUGAAACUGCAGGUGGACCUCGACCUGCGGCGAAGGAGGCGGGACCUGCUGCCUCGCCAGGAGGAGGAGGAGGAAGCCGCACAGGGGGCGGGGGUCUUCAUUGGCCUCAACCCCCUUCCAGAUGUGAAAGUGAACGACCUGCGCAGCGCUCUGGAGACACGCCUGAACCAAGUGGCAGAGGGAGCACAGCAGGUGGUCCACAGCCGGCAGAUCAAGCAGAUGACAGAGGCAGAUGGGAGCAUGUGAGAGGGUGGCCGUGCGCCGUGGGUGGCUCAGGGUGUUGGCCACGGGUGUGAGGCUGGCAGGCUGUGCAGGGGAGGCUGCAGUUCUCCGGCUGUUUGCUGCUCAGGCAGCAGUCACCGAGCCAGCUGUGUGUUGUUGGAUGCAGCGUGCGAUCCGCGGGGUCUCCUGCAGCUGCAAGUGCUCUGCGGGCUCCUGGAGUCCCUGCAGGGUCACACCUCCCCUGUGUGCCUGCAGAGAGCUGAGGAGGUGACAACCGUGAAAGCAAAACUCCUGCUGUCCUCUGGCUUUCAGAGGUUGCCAUUGAACUUGGUUCCCUGCCAGCUUUCAGGGGCUGUUUUCAACAUCUUGUUCAUAUCAAAUUGCCUUCUCCCUCCAGCUGUCAGCUCCCCCUUCAGAGCCAAGGUGUCUGUCCGUGAGGUUCCCCUGCCUGCUUGGAGAGGCUUCUCUGGAUUCUUCCACCCAGGGCUUUGGGGCAGGGAUCUGGGUCUGCAGGAGCAGAACUGGGGAGAGAUGCCUGACUCGUGAAGGGUUUCGCUCUGGAGCAGCACCAAGGCAGAUUGAGUUGAGGACAGGCUUAGCUAAUUGCUUUGGUGUUUCUCUUGAAAUGGGAGCUGUUAGUCUUGCAUGUUUAGGAGUUUAGUUGUGGUUUAGGGACCUAGUUUAGUAGAAAUGCUGCCUUAAACGGGCACAACUGCUGCUGUUGUGCUGCCUCUACUCCCAGGGAUUUAAUUGGUUGGCCACACACUAGCAAUAACGAUGAGCUCUGCUCUCUCUUCACCCUCUCUGGAUGCUCGCACUCUCAUCUCUGCUUUCAAGCUUGACUUCUUCAGUCCAAAGUGCAUUUCAAAGCUCAUCCCGGGGGCUGCAGACCGCCCCCUCUCCAGCUUGAUUUUUCUGCAAGAGGCAACUAAUUAAGGAACAAAACACGUGGCUUGAAAGGACGGACUCGAGGGGCUUGGCUCAAGCGUACCUACCUCUUCUCUGUAACUCGAUGGAGCUGUUUGUUUUUUGUGUUCUUCCCAGCCUCGUUCCCAUACUGUGUUUUACAUCCAUAGAUGUCAGUACUUUGCCCCUAAAAAUGUAUUUUAUGAGCAAGGAAGGGAAGAGCUCUGGUUUGUUGCAGGCUCCCAGACAGUGGUUCGUCCCAUUGUUUUUUAUUUUUACAUCCUGACUUGCGAAUGUAAGAAAUCAAAUCCCAAAGCUCACACUAGAACGGCUGACAUUUCCCAGCCUGGAGUCUACAGACCUCAUCACUGUGGUGGUUUUUAUAUCAGUAUCUCAAAAGUGUCUUUGGUAAACCAGCCUCGUUGAGUUUGUGUCUAGCGGGACCUCCUGGAGCCAGAGCGUCACCAGGCCUGUAGGACAGACACACUGUUCUGUAACUGGGCCUUGGCUGGGUCGCUCAUGUCUGCUCCAGCAGCCAAAGACUGCUGUGUGCCUGGAUGUGCGCCUGUUGCUUGAAGGACGUCCUUGAGUUAAAGAGUCACAGAGCAACAGCUGCGACUCAGCCCCACUUCUUCACCAAGACCUCCCAUGCCACUUCCCCGUGCGUCUCCUUGUGACUGCCGUAGCCUUAACCCUCAGGACUUCAUUGUACAAGUGAGCUUCUCCAUCGCGCUGUCUUAAAGCACAAACCCAGGAGCCCCGCACAGCAGGGAUUGGGCAAGGCAGGGGCUCCCGAGCACAUUUCUCAGCGUGGCGACGACUUGCUUUGUCAUCCCCUGCAGCACUCAGCUGCCCUUAUAGGAGGAGGAGCUUCCCUUCUCACACCUUGUUGUGUGUUGGGUCCACCCCAGGCUCUCCCAAACCGCAGGACGAGGACGUGCUCCUGCCCUGCGGCAGUGCUGUGGAUUUAUUGCUGAACGUCUCUGGGGCGUUACGGAUUUGUUGGCGUCGCCUCCAUGAACACAAAGGACCAAAGAUGCUCUGACAUUCCCCAGCAAGCCAGGAGGGACAGCAUAGUCCCUGCACGGCCUCUCCUUGCCAGGGACCGUUUGUACCGGGGCUGGAGGGAGACUGAGCUGUGCAGAUCAAUAAAAUAAGCUGAAGCAUCUG